AUGGCGCUCAUCGUCCAUGUGUUCUCGAUGGCGAUGGUCAGCCUUGUCGUGCUCGUGGUGCAGAACAGCCUGCUCGUUGUCAUGACCCGCUUCUCACGCAAGAGUGUUGAUGCGGCGCACAACUACCACACCUCCACCUUAGUCAUGAACCAGGAGAUUGCCAAGAUGAUCAUGUGCCUCGUCCUCUACGGUCUGGAUGACGUGUAUAGGCAGUACCGGCGCGACGCUGCCUCGAGCAACUGCGCCAACAACGCCGUGCAUAAGAUGGUAGGGUUAGAGGUCGAUGUACUGCUACUCAGGGAAGACAGCGUCAACGACGUGGAGCGCAAGGCGUGUCAGGCAGGGGAUAAGGAGGCCCAGCCACUUGCGGAUGAAGAGCCAUUGGAGGUGCACAUCCAUUCCUCCCCAGUAUCGCUUCCGCAAACUAUGACGGUCAGCAACGCCUCUGGGGAAGGCGUCCGCCGCGUGGCGGACGAGUUCGGUGCGAGCCACGAUGCACCGGGUGUACCACAGGUGACGAGCACACACGACAGUAGCAAAAUUCUCGGCAUCGCAGCGCUGUUUGACAGGCAGCCGCGACAACCACCUUAUUUGACAUCCUCGGAUCGACCGAACAACGCGUCGGCUAACGCGAAAACGCGAGCUGCUGGGCAUGAUGAAUGGAGCUGCAGCGUCGAUGUCCCCGAGAAGAUGCGCAAGCGCAGUUUCUUUAUGUACAGGCGGAUGAAGACACUCUGUUCCCUCUACUGCUCCAUGCUGUCCGCUUCGGUAUACAAGCGCGACACGCUGAAGCUGUUUGUGCCAGCCUUCCUGUUUAAUAUUCAGAACUUCUUGAUCUUCAUAGGGCUGUCGAACCUCGACGCCGUCUCCUUCCAAAUCUGGUCGCAGACUAAACUGCUAUCCACUGCCAUAUUUUCCGUCUGGCUCUUGGGCCGCAAACUUUCACCGAUGCAGUGGCUGUCACUUGUCACGCUCACUGCUGGAGUGCUUGGUGCGCAGCUCGGGGCACCGAGAGCUAGCACAGAAAUGCUUGCUACAGCUGCCCCACACUUGCUGCACGGCACGACUACGGUCCCUGGCCUCGACAGGGUUGGUGAGCUGCGCGCUGGCGACGACGACGAGUCUCGGGGUAGCGCGCUGAUCGGGAUCGCAGCGUGUGUGCUGUCUGGCCUGUCGUCCAGCUACGCCAGCGUGUACUUUGAGAAGGUUGUCAAGACGACGAGCCCCACCUUGUCAAUUCGAAACAUCCAGCUCUCGCUCUUCGGCAUCCCGAUCGCGUUUGUUUCCAUGUUGAUCCUCGCCGUCUUCCCGAACUGGUACUCGAGUGUGCAGUGCGGGCAGCGCGUGCACUGGAACAUUUUCUCCCCACCGGCCGCGGAGGCGAGGACGCUCGGAACAGCAAAGGCAUACUGCCCCGUGCGACCGUUCUUCUUUUGGCAGCGCUACGAUCACUUUCUAACGUGGGCUCUGGUAUUCAUUCACGCGUUAGGCGGUCUGCUGGUCGCCAUAGUGGUGAAGUAUGCCGACAACAUUUUGAAGGGGUUUGCCACCGGCAUCGCCGUGAUCGUUAGCGGGAUGAUGUGCUCUGCCAUCGACAGGUACGAGCUCAGCUUGGCCUUUGUGCUCGGUGCAGUGUUCGUGAUUGGCUCGAGUAUCGCCUUUCACACCUUCGAGCCGAAGCGUUAA